CUUCUCCAGAGCAAACCACUGUUCUGAAAAUCACAAAUUCAGUAUGGCAGUUGCUGGAAAGGACGUGGUGAUCCCGGCACGUUAUAUUGCCGUGGUUCACACCAUCUUAUCCUUCACGGCCUUUAUAAUCCCUCUAGCGCUUGCUCUCUCACUGCAUUACAAAAAAGUUGUUAAAAAUGAGUUUUACGGGUACCCUGAAGAAUGGUUUCCAUCUGUUUCUGCUACCAUUGGAGAUUGGUAUCCUGAGCGCUCUGUCUUCCAAUUCUUGAUUGCCUUGACGGCGACACCACGUCUUCUCGUUCUUUUACUCUGGAUUGCUGCCUCUGGAAGUCACAAAAAGUCUGUCUUGUUCACUGCAUUUGUGGGCCUUAUUCGUACGGCCUUCUGCGGUGGAUGGGUAUACGUAACCUCUACGGAUGAUCAUGACAAACACGACAUUUUCAUGAUUGUGUACCUUGUGUACAACGCACCUUGGUUUUACUUAACUUCGCGUUUGUCGCCUAAACAUCCGAUGUCCACAAAAUGCCGUCGUAUCGGCGCUGGCAUGUUUAUUGGCACCGUGUUUCCUCUCAUUUAUUGGUACAUUCAGCACAAGUUUAAGCAGGUUCCUGGUGCUUACACAAUUUAUGCAUUCUUUGAAUGGACGCUUAUUCUUUGGGAUGUCUCCUUUGAUGCCGCUCACAUCUGGGAUUUCAAAGAUAUCGACCUCAUUUGCUCUUUCGGUGGACCUUCUGGUGCAUCUGUUGCUUUAAAUAAAAAGAAAUCGGCUCAAUCGGAUGCGAAUGCUGUUCCUAAGGAGAGCAUUUUCUCCGUCCUUGGUUUCUUUUCUGAAACAUAUAUGGCUUUCGUGUUCUGGAGUGUGUUCACUUCCAUGGGAUUGCUUAUUUGGUACUUCCCACUUUGGCACAUGGGUAUUUCGGGACACGAGGCGACUAUUUUCGUUCUUUUGUCGCCUGCUUUACUUUAUUUCCCAUUUGUCCGUUGCCUCGUUUCAAAGGUGCCUCUUCUUUUUAUGUCUUUAAGUCUCGUCGGUGUAGCUUCGUACCUCGUGCAGGAUCCUGCCAAUCGCCUCUUUACGACCGGCUUUGCAGCUGGUAUGGGUUGCUUGGCUUGGGCCGGCAUCUUUUACAAUGCUCGUAAGUCUCGCGUCGCUUUACAAAGUCAUAUCACGUCGUUUCUUCUGGGCCUUGCCGCGUCCUCUGUCGCUAAGUUUUCUAACUUUGCUAACAAUCCCAUCUGGCCCAUUUUGCAUGAAGAAAAUGGUGGAAAGAACAUGUUAGGUUUGAUCGUUGGCACUGUAAGUUGCUUUAUUCUUCUCUGCACUGGUUUUGGCAAGUCGAUUCCAACCUCUGAGAAGCGUGAACGUCCCGUAUUUUCUUUGCCCAUUGCUUCUCUUUGCCUUGGCACAGUUCUUUAUGGGCUUCACGUUCUUCUAUGCGACUCAUCUACCAUCAUUCUUUGGAAUUGGUCUGGUUACCCCGUUCGCGGUCCUUUGCCCCUUCCUCAUGGUCUCAUUACGAUCGUCACAAUGAUUGCAACCAUCUUUCUUGCACCAAAAAUUUACAGAUGCCGCCGCCUUGUGUUGCACGGUUUUUCUGUUUUCGUUUCUUCGGCUUACCUUUUGCACGUUCGUGAUGGAUGGAUGGGUUACUUUGCUGGCCUUUAUUUUGCAAACUAUCUCAUUAUAUGCUUUUACGCCGUAAUGGUUUCUGCCGUGCAUUUUAAUCCCGGUGCAUUUUACGGCCUCGCUUUAUUCUUCUAUAUCAUCUAUGCUUUGGCUCAUGUCUGGGUUGUUGCGUACGAGUUUGUUCCAGGUGGUAAACUGAUGCGUGAGAGAACCCAUUUCAUUACUGCUGCCGUUUGCUUCAGUAUCAGUCUUGUGCUUGUUAGCUAUAUCACUCGCGUUAAGAAUCGCAAGGGCAAAGCUGGAAAGUGCUCCUUCACUGAUUUUGAGCUGUCUGAGAACGAAGGAAAGGUUCAAAAAAAGAGUUUCAUCAAAACUUUCCUCGUUUCUCUUCUGCUUAUUGCAUCAGCAAUUCAUUCCACUGUUACUCUCUCUCCACCUUAUGAUUACACUCCCUAUCAUCCGGAGGAGAAGUUAUUUACUGCUGGUAUUUGGACGAUCCACUUUGGUUUAGAUAAUUUCAUGUGGGCUAGUGAAAGACGGAUGCGUGAUGCAUUCAAAGAUAUGGAACUGGAUAUUGUCGGUCUUCUGGAAUCCGACACCCAACGUUUAAUUGGAGGAUUUAGAGAUAUUACUCAGGAAAUUGCUCAUGAUUUGGGUAUGUAUGCUGAUUAUGGACCUGGUCCUAAUAAGCAUACUUGGGGUGCUGCUUUAUUGUCCAAGUUCCCUAUUAUUAACUCCACUCAUCACCUUUUGCCCUCUCCUCGCGGAGAGCUUGCGCCCGCCAUUCAUGCUACUCUUGACAUUUACGGCGAGGCUAUUGAUGUUGUUGUUUCGCACAAUGGACAAUAUGAAAGCUUCCUUGAUAGACGUCUUCAAAGCACAGAACUUGGUAGAAUUAUGCGUGAAAGUCCUCGUCCCUUGGUGUUUUUGGGCUAUGUUGUGUCUAAUGUUGGUCAAGAGCCACAGACUCUUUUGACUCAUGAAAAUGGAAUGCAAGAUAUCGAACCUUCAGAUUGGGAUAGAUGGUGUCAAUACAUUCUUUACCGUGGAGUUAAACGUGUGGGAUAUGCACGUCUUCACAGAUCUACUAUUACUGAUACCGAGUUACAAACUGGUAAAUUCGUUGUUACGAAGGAACCCGCCAGAAAUGUUCGAGUGGAUGCCAGCGAAGUACCUGCAGGAUAUCGUUAUCCCGAUAAGUUCUUUGGAUCAGGUGUCCGUGGACAUUAUUAUGACAAUAACAACGUGGUUCAUGAGCCUUGGUAUUACGACUAGGCCCCUUUCACAGUCUUUUCAAACUUUGCAUUCUUUUACAUGAGGAUUUUCAUUUUCACGUUUUAUUAAUGCUCCGUUUUAAUGAUGCUAAUUUACUUAUGCGCAUAAAUGGAGCAUUUAAGGGUACUAACAAAAGUCUUAUGUAGUUACGCUUAUAACAUUAAUUAUACCGUUACAAAUUUUACGAGUCCAGAAUCGUCCUCCGCAACACUUAUGAACGUCUUAAUUUUCUUCAUUCAUAAGCCGCGGGAAUUGUAAGUUCUCUUCUAAAUUAGCAAUUACUUCCGGUAUCUCCUUCGACAAAAUAGAGACGCUUUUUAGUGUAUCUAAAUAUCUUUGUUUCAUUGUCAUAAUGAAGGGGUCGCCUGUUGUGUUCGACGCUUCGGUUUCUAGAGGAUGUAAUUGUUGUUCUGGUUCGUUAGCAUUAAUUUGUUUCCCUGACACGGCUUUUUCCAAAAUUUCGAGUUCAUUUUUUAUUGUAUUUGCAAAUGUCUUCUGACAUAUGUCAGGAACUCUAUUUCGAUAUUGCGCAAUUUGGGUGUGGGCAUUCUCAAGGUCGUUGUAUAAGUUCUGUACUUUUGCUCUAAGUGAAUAGUCAAAAGGUUCAAUAGUAUCAGCAACGGAAGGAUCAGAGAGAGCAUCCUUUGCUUCGAAUCCAUUGAUGGUUAAGUUUGGAAGCAUUUUUUCAUAGACAUUAUUUAAAAGCUAGAUGUUAGUCAAUGAAGAUGAAUGAUAUUCCUUUUAUGUUGAAUCAAAAAGCUUACCUC